CAGAAGUGGAAUGACCUCCUCAUACCAAAAGUUUUGUACAGAUAUCCUUCCAAUUUUGUCAAUUUAAGCACAGUAUUCAUUUAUUACCAAUUUUACUAUUAGUUUACGCGCUCGUCCAUCAACGCGAGGCAAGUUCUUAAUGUGAACAUAUUUGGUUUCGAGAACCUUCCUCUCGCUAGCCAAUUUUUACUAAGAAGAUGGGACAACAUCGUUGCUGUUAUUUGGAAUCCAGUGGUUUCCAGAACCUUCCAAUCCAGUGUUGCAAGAAAUGAUAUUGUACACUCGAAGUAAUAUCAGAUAUUUAGGAGAGAACGAAAGCCACACUCUCCAGUCACAAAAAAAUAAAAAAAAAUAAAAAAAAAAAUGGAAGGAACAAUCUUUUGUUGUUCUUAAGCAUCCAAAUCCUACCCUUUCUUAGGAACAGUCUUGUGUUUCCAUAUGAUGUCUGGAAAUUUGAGUAGAAGCUAGAGAGAUGUUAUGGAGAGCAGUACCCAAGAUUUCCUACAGAACUGAACUGUCCCAAUUUGAAACAAUCUGCUCACAAGUUCUUUCAUUAUGCAAUUCACAGUCAUUGAAAGAGGCUGUUUGCAUUCACAGCCCAAUAGUCAAAUUGGGUCUUCAUGAUAAUUUGUUACUGAAUAACAAUCUGUUGUCUCUAUAUGCAAAAUGCUUUGGACCAGAACAUGCACGCCACUUUUUUGAUGAAAUGCCGCAUAAGGAUGUUGUUUCCUGGACAGGGAUGGUGUCUGCUUAUGUCCGGCACGGAGACCAUAAGGAGGCACUUGAAAUGUUUGAUUUAAUGAAUAUUUCUGGCCAAUGUCCUAAUGAUUUCACACUCUCGACGGUCUUAAGAUCGUGUUCUGCUCUCGGGGAAUUUGAUCAGGGGACUCGUGUGCAGGCCUAUAUGAUCAAGCAUGGGUUUGAAUCGAAUUUGGUUUUGGGCAGUGGCUUGAUUUAUUUUUAUUCCAAGUGUGAUCAUGCUGAUGAAGCAUACAAACUAUUCACUAGUAUGAACAAUGGUGACACUGUAUCUUGGACAAUGAUGAUCUCUUCUUUUGUUGAUGCUCAAAAUUGGAGUCGGGCUUUUCAACUUUAUUGUGAUAUGCUUGAUGCUGGUGUUCCUCCAAAUGAGUACACUUUUGUGAAACUUGUGGUAGCCUCGAGUUUUCUUGGCUUGAACUAUGGGAAAUUAGUCCAUGCCCAUUUAUUAAGGCGGGGAGUUGAGUUGAGUUUGGUUUUGAAGACAGCUCUUGUUCAUAUGUAUUCAAAAAGCCAGAGGAUGGGAGAUGCAGUGAAGGUCUCGAACCAGACGUGUGAAUUUGAUGUGUUGUUAUGGACUGCUAUUGUUAGUGGUUUCGGUCAAAACUUGAAGUUCAGUGAUGCUAUUGCUGCAUUUCGUGACAUGUUGAUCUCUGGUGUUGUACCAAACAGUUACACUUACUCUGCAGUUCUAAAUGCUUGCUCCUCGGUCCUUGCACUAGAAUUGGGGAAACAAAUCCACUCGAGGGUGAUCAUUGCCGGCUUGGAGUGUGAUGCUUCUGUUGGAAAUGCACUUGUUGAUAUGUACAUGAAAAGUUCGUACAUGAUAGAAGAUGCUUUGAGAGCAUUUAAUGGGAUAGCCUCUCCUAAUGUAAUCUCUUGGACUUCAUUGAUUUCUGGUUUGGCUGAACAUGGUCUUGGACAAGAGUCAUUUCAGGCAUUUGAUGAGAUGCGGCUUGUGGGGGAGCAACCAAAUUCUUUUACUCUCUCUGCCAUCCUUGGGGCUUGUGGAAAUAUGAAAUCUCCAAGUCAGAAAAGGAAACUUCAUGGGUAUAUUGUUAAAAUCAGGGCAGAUGAUGAUAUAGCUCUUGAGAAUGCUCUUGUAGAUGCUUAUGCUGCAUCGGGUAUGUUUAAUGAUGCAUGGCACGUGAUUAGUAUGAUGAGUCGGAGAGAUGCCAUCACAUACACUAGUUUAGCCACAAGAAUGAAUCAAAUGGGAUAUCAUGGUAUGGCUUUAAACAUCAUCACUCACAUGUUUGAUGGUAACGUUAAGAUAGAUGCAUUUAGCAUGGCUGGCUUCUUAUCUGCAUCAGCUGGCUUAGGUGCAAUGGAGCCCGGGAAGCAGCUUCAUUCUUAUUCCAUAAAAUCUGGCUUAUGCAGCUUAAUUUCGGUAUCAAAUGGCCUAGUUGACUUGUACAGUAAAUGUGGAUGCAUACAUGAUUUGCAUAGAGCUUUUGGAGAAAUAGUUGAGCCGGAUGCCGUGUCAUGGAAUGGGUUAAUGUUUGGUUUAGCAAUGAAUGGGCACAUCUCCUCCGCUCUUUCUGCCUUUGAAGAUAUGAGGUUGGCCGGAGUCAAACCUGAUCCUAUUACAUUCUUAAUACUGCUCUUCGCUAGCAGUCGUGGUGGUUUUGUUGAUCUAGGUUUAGAGUAUUUCAAAUCUAUGAGAGAAACAUGUGGUCUGACACCGCAACUUGAUCACUAUGUUCGUUUAGUUGAUCUCCUUGGCCGAGCUGGCUGGCUAGAGGAGGCCGGUGCUGUGUUAGAAACCAUGCCUUUCAUGCCAGACGCAUUGAUCUACAAAACAUUAUUGGGUUUCUGCAAAUUACAUAGGAACGUGCCUCUUGGGGAAUAUAUUGCAAGAAAAGGUCUUGAGCUUGAUCCAUCUGAUCCAGCAUUUUAUUUGCUACUUGCUAACAUGUAUGAUGAUUCUGGCCAACCCGAUUUAGGUGAGCAAAUCCGCAGGAAGAUGAGAGAGAUGGGUUUGGAGAAGAAUCCUGGUCAAAGCUGGAUUGAGAUGAGAAGCAAGGUUCAUCUCUUCACUGCAGGAGACAGAACACAUCCACAAAUAAAUAUGAUUCAUGGCAAAAUACAGUCAUUAAUAGCCGAGUUCAACAAUGGAGGAUAUUUAUAUCAAAACAGUGGAGAUUCAUCAUACCACAGUGAGAAGUUAGCCGUUGCAUUUGGUCUCCUUAAUGCACCAUCAACAGCUCCAAUACGGAUAAUCAAGAACACGCGUAUUUGCAGAGAUUGUCAUAACUUCAUGAUGAAUGUAACUAGGUUGGUUGAUAGGGAGAUAAUUGUGAGGGAUCGAAACUGCUUACACUGUUUCAAGAAGGGCGAAUGUUCAUGCAAAGGCUAUUGGUAAACACUGUAACAAAGUGGCUUGCAUUUCAUGAACCAUGACCUUGCUGGAUCUAUUGUGAUCAAUAAAAUCAUGAUAACUGCUGUUAGAGGAAAGCUUAACAUUGUUCUGGAAGGCACUUUCUGCAGCUGAUAAAGCAAAGAAAUAUUCGGUCACUAGGCUUGUUGCUCUCCAGAUUCAUUUUUGUUCCAAAACUCUGGUUUCUGGUGAGACUGUCAAGUUCAGAAAGAAGAUAUUAGAUUAAGGAUUCGAAAUGGCAAAGGUUGUAAAGUCACCAAGACUUUGAACCAGCAAUGUUGAAUGCAACAUGUUUCUUGCCUCUUUUGCUAUUUUUGGCGGAGUUUUGAAACAUUUGCUCAAUCGGUUUUGGUAUUACAUUUUUUAUGAGCAUGGGUUGGUUUUGGAUGUCAUGAACUACAUAAUAAUUGAGAGUUACCAGCCAGAAAAAAAUUUGGCCAUAAUUUCUUUAUCACAACAAUUUCAGUGGAAACCCUAGUUUCAAAAGUAUUUGCUGUCCAAUUAGUUUAACUGAAGGGAUUUCAAGUCCAAACGGUUUACUCAAAUACAGCCUAAAAAGACAGGUGCUUCGCUCCAAUUUAGGUAUUUCGACAAUUUAUGUAUUCCAGGUAAUUUUGGAGGAUUGACUGGAAGGCACAGAACCAGAAACUUUGUAUACUUCAAAUUUUCAGGAUGAAAUACUAUAUACUCCGUAAUAGAUUAAAUUUUGAUUUAUCCAGAAAUAUUAUAC